CCGUUUAAACGUCGCCUUCAGUUUCACUACUCCAAGCGAAGCAGCAGCAGCAUCCGGCUGCAUAGAGAGAGAGAGAGAGAGAGAGAGAGAGAGAGCCGAAGAGCUUCGAUCUCUCAGGGGACUUCUUUUCCAGUCGAGCCUCCAUUUGCCCGUUCUUCUGCUUCUUCUUCUUGUUCUUCUUCUUCUUCACCAACCCUACUCAUUUCAAACCCUAAUCUCUAUCUUUUGUUCUAUUUGAAUUUUCUGAGCAUCUGCUUAAAACAAAAGGGCAGAUUCUGAAGAGCCUAGGGGAAAAUCGAGAUUUUAACUCUUUGUUCUACCCGUAAUAGAUAAGAGUAGUGAUAAUGGCGGGGGGCACGUCGUCGACGACGGCGGCGCUUGGGGGAUUGCAAGAUCAUCUGAAAUUGGCGAGAGAAUACGCCCUCGAAGGUCUCUACGAUACUUCCGUUAUCUUCUUUGAUGGUGCCAUUGCUCAGAUCAACAAGCAUUUAAACACACUGGAUGAUCCUUUAAUUCGUGCAAAAUGGAUGAAUGUAAAGAAAGCUCUUACAGAAGAAACAGAGGUUGUCAAGCAGUUGGAUGCUGAGAGAAGGGCUUUCAAGGAGAUUUCCUUCGGUAGGAGACCAUCCUCACCCCCAAUUUCAACCAAAUCCUCGUUUGUUUUUCAACCGUUGGAUGAGUACCCAACUUCAUCUGGUGCUGCAAUGGAUGAUCCUGAUGUUUGGAGGCCGCCUAGUAGAGACAACACAAGUAGAAGACCCACAAGAGCAGGUCAAAUGGGCACGAGGAAAUCCACUCAAGAUGGAAAUUGGGGUCGUGGUUCAACAAAAUCUGGAACAACUGGUCGUGGAGCAAAGGCUGGUGGUUCUAGUAGGUCAAACACUGGAGUCCGAGCCUCUACUACUGGUAAGAAAGGCACUGGCUCAGGAAAAUCUGGCAAGGCAGAUUCAAUGAAUGGUGACGCUGAAGAUGUGAAGUCGAAGCGCGUACAGUAUGAGGGUCCUGAUGCUGACUUGGCUGCAAUGCUUGAAAGGGAUGUUUUGGAUUCCACCCCUGGGGUGAGGUGGGAUGAUGUAGCGGGGUUAACUGAAGCAAAAAGACUUCUAGAGGAAGCUGUUGUUCUUCCUUUAUGGAUGCCUGAAUAUUUCCAGGGAAUUAGGAGACCGUGGAAAGGCGUUCUUAUGUUUGGCCCUCCUGGCACUGGAAAGACACUUUUGGCUAAAGCAGUGGCUACUGAGUGUGGUACAACAUUUUUCAAUGUUUCUUCUGCUACUUUGGCUUCAAAAUGGCGAGGGGAGAGUGAGCGCAUGGUGCGAUGCCUGUUUGAUCUUGCAAGAGCUUAUGCUCCAAGCACAAUAUUCAUUGAUGAGAUUGAUUCUCUCUGCAAUGCUCGGGGGGCUUCAGGGGAGCAUGAAUCAUCUAGAAGAGUGAAAUCUGAACUUCUGGUUCAGGUAGAUGGUGUAAAUAAUACUGGCACAAAUGAAGAUGGUAGUCGCAAAAUAGUGAUGGUUUUGGCUGCUACUAAUUUUCCAUGGGAUAUAGAUGAGGCACUGAGGAGGAGACUGGAAAAGAGAAUAUAUAUACCACUUCCAAAUUUUGAAAGUCGCAAGGAACUAAUACGAAUCAAUUUAAGAACUGUUGAGGUGGCUCCUGAUGUGGACAUUGAUGAAGUGGCUCGUCGGACAGAGGGAUACAGUGGAGAUGAUCUCACAAAUGUUUGUCGGGAUGCCUCUUUAAAUGGCAUGAGGCGCAAGAUUGCAGGAAAGACGCGUGAAGAAAUCAAGAACAUGUCUAAGGACGAGAUUUCCAAGGAUCCAGUUGCUAUGUGUGACUUUGAAGAGGCCCUGACCAAGGUUCAACCCAGUGUUUCAGCAGCUGACAUUGAAAGACAUGAGAAAUGGUUUUCAGAAUUUGGAUCUGCAUGAAAAGGAUUCACUGAACUUCAAUCCAUCUGUUGUUUUCCAUGAUCUUUGCACCAUUCAAAUUGGAUGCUUGGUCCCUUCUCCUUCCGUCUUGCUAUUAUUGUGCUUGCUGUUUGAGGAGUGUUGAUUGCCUUACGAGUGUGGCGAUCUGCGAAGUUCUCAUGUUGUGUUCUGUGCAUCUUCUAAUCUUCACAUUGUAUCAUGUGUGCUGACCUUACAGUUCGUUCAAUCUGUUAAUGGUAAAUUCAAAAUUCUUUCAA